AUGGUCGUGACUAAAGUGCACCCCAAAACCCUGAAAAAGCAAGUUUACCACAAGCACGCCGGACCCACCACCCAUACAGUGCACAAGAUGGCCUCUCGAGACGACUCUCUAUCGAUCAACAAUCUCUUUGGCGUCAAAGGCCGGGUGGCGGUCAUCACUGGAGGUGGAUCGGGCUUGGGGGAAAUGAUGGCUAAGGCCUGGGUCGUCAACAGUGGACAUGUGAUCAUCGCCUCGCGCAAAGAGCAGGCCCUCUCAAAAGUAUGCCAGGAGCUCAAUGCUCUGGGCACCGGAAAGGCCGACUAUGUCGUCGGUGACGUAUCCUCCAAGGCUGGAUGUCUAGCACUUUGUGCCGAGAUCAAGAAGAAGGUCAACAAGAUACACGUGCUGGUCAACAACUCUGGAGUCUCGUGGGGUGCACCAUACGAUAAUGUGCCCGAGAAAGAGGGCUGGGACAAGGUUCUCAGCAUGAAUGUGAAAUCGAUCUUCUACAUGACGUCGGAGCUCACCUCUUUACUUGCGAAAGAUGCAAGCAAUAUAGAUCCCGGAAGAGUGAUUGUGAUCUCUUCGGUGGCCGGAUUGGCCAGCAGAGCCGAAUCGACCGGCCUUGGAGCGGCAGAUCAUGGACUUUGGUCAUAUAACGCAAGCAAGGCAGCUGCGAUCUCCUUAUCAAAUAACCUCGCCGUCACGCUUGCGCCUAAAUUUAUCACCGUCAAUGCAAUCUGUCCCGGAGUCUACCCGUCUCGGAUGACCGCAUACGGUCUUAAGAAGCAAUCGGACAUGCUCAAUAGCCAGCACCCUAUGGGCCGUAUCGGCACGCCUGAGGACAUGGCCGGAGUCUUUCUCUUCUUAGCCACUCGGGCGGGAGCUCACAUAUCUGCCAACUACAUCCUCACCGACGGCGGAUCGUUGGCCUCGACUUCCGGGCACACAAAACUCUAG